AUGUAUGUUGCUGCUCAAAGGACCAUACAGUCCCUUAUAUUGACUUUUUCACUUUUCUCAAUUAUUCAUGGGAAAAUACAUCACUUAAAAUUACGGGAUGAUUCUCGUAGAAAUAUAAUUCUAACUAGCUUUGGUUUCGAUACAAACGGAACUUUCGAUUUAGUUUUGUCAAAUUUUACUGUGCCCGACAAAAUCUUGAGUAAUGUAGACUCCGGGGAGAAUGCGGACAAGUUGGGAGUAAUUGGAUUUUCCUUAUCGAAAGGUAUAUCCAUUGCAGCAGGUGUUGGAUCCAAUCCCCAUGUUUGUCAGUUGCAACAAACUGAUCAAGGAUAUGAUGCAUUGUUCUUCUUUGCCGAUUUACCGCAGAAGCGUCUGAGGGUGUAUCGUUCUGGAGAAGGAGGCCAAAUACGGCUCUGUGCGUCACAUGAGGAGUGUCAAAAUGAAAAUGGACCUCUGACAGCAGCAACAGUCGAAUCUGCUGCGAAAAGUGAGAACGCUGAGGCUACUCAAGAGAAAACUCGAAAGAAAAGAGAUGGAUGGCUGUUUGAUACAAUUAAACGUGUCUUUAACUCUGGAGAAUCAGGGAAAACUUAUGUUGACUAUGUUCCUUUGAUUCAGAACGACAAUCAUUAUUCAACAAAUAUUUCCAUCCGUUUCAACGAACAACUUCGGGGAAAGUAUUACUUAAUCUAUCACAAUUGUUUCAACUACAGAGCUCAUGGCUACAGUGAUAGAGUCGCCGUGGAUUUUGUUGUUGAUAUCGUAGAGGCGAAUGUCGGAUCAUAUCUAUCAGCAGGAGACAUUCCCAAACCACAAUUGCUUCUUUACAUAUCGUUGAUGUUCUUCUUUACCGGAGUCGUUUGGAGUCAUCGAUUAUGUUUAACAGACAAAAGAAAUAUUUAUCGAGUCCAUGGAUUGAUGACGGCUCUCAUAUUUUUGAAAUCUGCUUCCCUCUUCUUCCAUGGGGUUAAUUAUUAUUUUGUUAGCAAAUAUGGUCAACAACGGGAAAUUUGGGCCGUAGUCUUCUAUAUUACUCAUCUUCUCAAAGGCGCUCUAUUAUUCGGAACGAUAAUUUUGAUUGGGACAGGUUAUACUUUCUUCAAAAACUUCCUGUCGGACCGAGAUCGAAAAGUUUUCAUGAUAGUUUUACCUCUUCAGAUUAUUGAUAACAUUGCCAUGGUCAUAUUGGAAGAGUCUGAGAAUGGUCAGCAGGGAUAUCAGUUUUGGUAUGAAAUGUUUGUGUUCUUGGAUCUGAUAUGCUGUUUCUGCGUGUUCUUCCCUAUUGUCUGGUCGAUAGCUCAUUUACAAGAAGGAGCUGCAACUGAUGGCAAAUCAGCGUUUAAUUUGCAGAAACUUCGUCUGUUCAGACAGUUCUAUAUGAUUAUAAUUUGUUAUAUUUAUCUGACUAGAGUACUCAAAUUCAUGCUGCAGUAUGCUGUUCCUUUCAAUUUGGAAUGGGUUACCGUGGCAGUUGUAGAGUCUGCGACUCUUUUCUUCUUCAUUUUAGUAGGAAUGAAGUUCAGACCACAACAAUCCAAUCCAUACUUGGAACUAUCCCUCGAAGAUGACGAGGACGAGAAUGCGAUAGCCUUGACUCGUAAUGGUUUGAUGGAGAACGUGGUGCAACGUGGUCACUCGGGAAUUGGCUUGGAAGAUAUUCCGGGAGCAAUCGGAGAUAUGUCCAGUGAUUCUGACGACGAUGAGCGCCUGUUGAUCGGAAGAAAGAGAGUGGACGGUUUGGAGAAGACGCUUCUCUAG